AUGAGUUCUGCUACUCAGUAUUCCCAACUAUAUCCGUCACAAAAUAUAAGUUUCUCUAAUCCUAGUUCUUUCUCCCAAUUGCCUCCUUCACAACAAAAUUUUGUUAUCCCAAAUCAUAUUUCUGUAGAUGAAACAAUUUUUCCUACGUCCCAACAUUUUCAAACAUCACAAGGUGGACGUUCACUUCCGAACUUCAAUAGUUCAUAUCAUACCCGUGCUCCAUCUGUUGAAGGUGACGACGCUAAUGAAGAAGAAGAAAAUGAUGAAAAUAAUGCUGAAGGUGGAGAGUCACAAGUUGAAAAGGGACAAAGAAAAUAUUGGUCUGAAGCUGAAGAAGAAGUUCUAGUAAAGUCUUGGCUUCAGGUGAGUACUGACAAGUUUCAAAAUACUAAACAAAAUGGAGAGACCUUUUGGGGUAGAAUUACAAAUAUGUAUGAGCAGGUUAGAGUAUACAGAAACAAAAUGUGGGCAGAAAGAGCUGAAGGGAUGAGAGAAACUGAUCUAUUAAAAGAAAGGGAAUUAGAUCCUCUAAGAAGUCGUUGGAAACGAAUAAAUGCUAGUGUAUCGAAAUUUGUUGGUGCAUUUGCUCAAGCAGAGUCAAGGAGAAAAAGUGGUGAAUGCGAUGAUGAUGUUAUGAAGACAGCUUAUGCUAUUUACAAGAGUGACAACAAGCCUCACCAUAGGGAUUUUAAUGACCGACAUUGUUGGGAAAUUCUUAAGAGUUGUGAUGUAUGGAAGCCUUAUGGGGAUAUUGUUAACAAGUGCAAGAAGAAGGCAACAACUCAAGAAAGUGGUUCAAAGAGGUGGAGGAUUAAUGAAACAGGAAAUUACUCCACUUCAACUGACCCAAAUACACCAACUAGUGGUGAUAUAGGGUGUUCUGUCCAAACACCAAGCGAUGGGUCCACAAAAAAUAAGGGAAAGGGAAAAGUUGUGAACAUGCCAUCAGAAGCAUUCCAACAAUGGGUGGAUAAUAUUGAGAAAAUAAAUUUAUCAAAAAAUUUAGAAACUGAAAUGGAACUAACUAGGCUGAAGUAUGAAAGAGAAUCACAAAUUGAGAGGUUGAAAUUCGAAAGGGAAGCUCAAAAUGAGAGGGUGUUGUUGGAAAAUAGGAAAGUUUCUAUGAAACAAAGGAAGAUCAAUUUGGAAUUAUUCAAAGUGCUUGCAUCAAAGGACUACUUAACUGAAGAAGAGGAAAAUUUAAAGAGUCAUUUAGUGAAAGUUUUAUUUCCAUGA